UAGGUUUAUAUUAUUUUAUACUAAGUUAAAGCUGAAUACUAAAUCUUAAAACAUUCAUACCCGUUGAAUGUACUAGCUAAUAGUAAAGAAAACUAUGUUACUGUACGUUUUAGUUGUGUGUUUAAUUUUGAUAUGCAUUUUUACGUUAAUUGUUGGAUAUUCGUUAGACAAUAAGAAAGUUUAUAGUGAUCUUAAGGAAAAACACGUUGUUGUUACUGGUGGCUCAAGUGGAAUAGGAAAAGCUGUUGCUAUUGAGGCUGCAAAACUUAGAGCCCAUGUGACGAUAAUUGGGCGUGAUAUUGAGAGGUUAAAGUCAACAGUUGAGGAAAUAUUGAAGCAUACCCUUAGCAAUGAGCAAAGGAUACAAUUCGCACCCUUAGAUGUGACAUCUAAUUAUGAGGUUAUCAAGAAAACACUGUCCGACGUUGAAGCUAAAGUUGGUCCAAUAUUUAUGUUGAUCAAUUGCGCCGGUAUGUGUAAGUGCGCCGAGUUCGAUAAGGCAGACGUAGACGAUAUUAAGCAAAUGAUUGACUUGAACUAUUUUGGUACAGCAUACCCCACUAGGUAUGUCUUGCCUGGCAUGAAAAAAAGGAAUGAAGGUUUAAUAGUUUUUGUAUCAACUGAGGCAGCUCUGAUAGGAAUUUAUGGUUAUAGUGCAUAUGGUGCUGCAAAAUGGGCAGUGCGAGGGCUAGCGGAGUCUGUGUUUAUGGAGCUCAUUGGUACAAAUGUGAGACUGACAUUGGCUUUCCCGCCUGAUACCGACACACCUGGCUUUGCACAGGAGGAGCUGACCAAACCCGUGGAAACCAAGCUCAUCUCGGGCUCUGGGGGUCUGCACUCACCAGAGGAAGUGGGCAAGAAACUAAUUAUGGAUUCAUUAACUGGAAAAAGUUACUCAGUAUUUGGAAUGUCUGGAAAAAUUCUGUCACUUUUAAACUGUGGAUCGUUAGAAAGUAAAACUCAAGUUUUCCUGCAGAUUAUAUCUAUGGGCUUUUUGAGAACAAUUAUGGUAGCUAUUUUACUGUCAUUCCAUAAAAUUGUAAGAGAUAAUUUAAAAGAGAAGAGAAAGGCCCAAAAAAGUGAAUUACAUUCAGAAUUAAAUUCUGCAUACUUUGGGUAUAGGCUAAUGAUUAGUGAUGAACCAAAAAAGAACAUCAACUGCUAUAAUUGUUCUGCUAUCCAGCGCAGUGAAUCCAUCCGCUACCUUGGCGUUAUCCUGGACCACCAAAUGACAUUUAGACAGCACACAACAGAAACGUCCAAGCGUGUUAGAAAAUUAAUGGCCGUCAUGAGGAACUUACGAGAUGUGGUCGAUGUAUCUGAAUUUUGCAACGAUACAAUGAUUAAGAUCAUCCUGUUACCAUGUAUUUUGGCUGCGGUCCAGGCGGCUGGUCUAUUAGGCCCAGCCGGGUUAUACGGACCACCAGUGGCCUAUCCCGGGUACAACAACUACCCCGCGCAGCCGGCGAUUGCUUCACAACAGGCCAAUAUCUACAGAUCGCCUUUUAAUUUAGGCCAAGUAUCCACUUAUUCAAAGGCAAUCGAUACGCCGUUCUCCAGUGUCCGGAAGGCGGACAUUCGAGUCAGUAAUCCAGGUUUAGCAUUGGCGCCGUCGGCGUACCAUGGACUGGCGGCCCCAGUAUUGUCGCACAUUACGGCUCCUGCCAAGGUGGUAAGCGGUGUACUAGGAGUAGCCUACUCGGCGGCCCCCGCAGUCUCACACAUGACGUACACAAACGGAUUAGGCUAUAGCUAUGGCUGGUAAUUAAUAAUGAAGUUGGAUCUAUUGGAAUUAGCUAGAAUAUAUGACUGUACUUUUGCUAU